UCACAGCAGGCAGAGGCAGCGGCAGGAGCCGGCGGGGCUGCGGAGGAUGCGAACUUUGCGCUGGCUGCUGCUCCCGCUGGUUACAGGAAUCCAUCCAGAAUGCAAAAUAUUCCAGCAGGUGGUCAAAGAGGAGGCUCUCUGCUUGGAACACAACGAAUCUGCCUCACCUGAUCUUAAAGGAUGUGCCAGAGAUUGGGAUGGUUUAACCUGCUGGCCCAGAGCCACUUUUGGGGAAGUGGUUAAAGUUCCCUGCCCACGAUUUUUUGAAGAAUUUACCAGUACCCAUGGUUUCCUUCAGAGGAACUGCUCACAGGAGGAAUAUUGGUCAGAGCCUUUCCCACCAUACACCAUUGCCUGUGGGUUUGAUGAAGGUUCCAGUAAAGGACCUGAGGAUCAGAAAUCCUAUUAUUCUGCAUUUUGGCGUAUCUACACCGCUGGCUAUGCAGCAUCCGUGACGUCUCUCGUUACAGCUCUAAUUGUCUUUGCUGCCUUCAGGAAAUUCCACUGCACACGGAAUUACAUCCACAUGCACCUGUUUGUCUCCUUUAUCUUGAGAGCAGUGGCUGUUUUCACCAAAGAUGCUGUUUUGUUUGCAGAUGAAACUAUGGACCACUGCCUCAUGUCAACGGUUGCUUGUAAGGCUGCUGUGGCCUUCUUCCAAUUCAGUAUUUUAGCCAAUUUCUUCUGGCUGCUCAUCGAAGGGAUCUACCUGCAGACCCUGCUGCUGCUGACCUUUGUUUCCAACAAGAAAUUCGUGUGGUGGUUCAUAUUUACUGGCUGGGGAGCUCCCACUGCUGUGAUGUUUGCUUGGGUCCUGACACGAAUCCAUCAACAGAACACUGGCUGUUGGGAUGAUGAUGAAAAUGGAGUGGUGUUAUGGAUCAUCAAAGGCCCCAUCCUGCUGACUGUAUUAAUUAACUUUAUUAUAUUCAUUAAUGUGAUCAGGAUUCUAGUCCAUAAAUUGAAAUCCCAAGAGGGAGGAGGGAGCCAUUCAAGCCACUUUGUGAGACUUGCAAAAUCCACGUUACUUCUGAUCCCCCUCUUUGGGGUGCACUACAUCGUAUUUGCGUUUUUCCCAGAGAGCACUGGUCUGGAAGCUCGGCUUUAUAUCGAGCUGGGCCUGGGCUCAUUUCAGGGUUUUGUUGUUGCUCUCCUAUAUUGCUUCUCAAAUGCAGAGGUUCAAACUGAGCUGAAGAAACAACUGUGCAAGUGGCAGCACCAGGAGUACCUGACCUUCACCCACAAGCACGGGGCUUUGUCCAGAGAAACCAGCCCCGUCAACUACGUCACCCAGCUAUCCCUGCUGGACAAAAUCAGCCCCAAAAGGAGAAGCUCUGUGCCCCAGGAUGGUGUCACCACUGUCUGAGGGGUCCCAGCUGCUGUCCCACUGCAAUGUCCCACCUGAGGUGGCCACCUGGAUCCUUGGUGGCUUUCCAAAGGAGCCUCCUGCAAAUUCCUUGUGCUGAACUUUCCUCCCCUGGUACAGAUCUGCAUCACAACGCUGGUUCUCUCUCUCCUGAAGCACAAAACACCCUUGUUUUGUUGUGAAAAGACAGACUUUGAGUUAAAGUGAAUCAAUAGGUUACCAACAAUAAAAACAACAACCCUACAUUAACUCCUUCGAGACCCAGCAUGUUUUUCAUAUCUUUGUUAUCAUUUCCCACAAUUUCCAGUUUCCAAGACCACGAUUCCUAACCAUCAUUUGAAAGGGUUAUUUGCUGGCCAAGCUUUGCCACAAUGAUUUCUGGUGUUUUACUGCUUAUUUUGAGAUGUCUUCAGACAAACUAAUGGAAAUGAAGCACAGAAACCUGACAAACACCCAUAGAACAGCAACCUGCUUAAAAGGAAACUCAAACUGUCUUCAGCAACACAAACAAGUCACACAAAACACCUGCUUGAUUAUUUUUAUUUUCUUCUAAGCCUGUUGAACAGACAUUAAAUUAGGCCAGAGGACCCCAAACCCUUUCUUGUCCAAAGGAAAAACAUGGAGCAGUGGAAUAUUAGGCAGAUGAUGUGUGAAGGAAUAAAUCAGAGCAAACCCAAUGCCAGCUGCCAGCUGGGCUACCCUGUGCUCAGAAUGACUUCCAGACCUAAACUUGGUGCCCAGCUGUUGUUUUUUGGUGGGACAGACGCUCAGAACCUCAAAGAUCAGUCAGUGAAACACCCCAUUGAAGGGGAUUUUGUGCUUUUUGAGGACCUGCCUUUGAGCACUGAGGUCUCACUCCUGCCCAGCGUUUCUCAGCUCGCUGUCCCCACAGCCAGGGAAGUUUCAGGGGUCAGGAUGCACACCCAGCUCUGAGGGAUGGAGAAGCAAAGUCUGGUCUGGUGAAGCAGAGUGAGCCAGAGCUGUGCUUGCACCAUUCUCUGGGUGACCUUCCUCUUCAGGACUGAGCUGAGAUCAACCUCAACAUCUCCAGGAGCAGAGAAAAGGCACAGGAGGGACACGAGAUGGGUCAAGACAGGAGCAUUCCCAGGAGAACCUGCCUCAGGCUAGGAGAACACAGCCAUUCACUCAUUCUCUGAGUUCCAGUAUCAAUUCAGCUUAAAAAAACCAAUAUUCCAGCCCCUCAGUUUGCUCUGCUCUUGGUUAACUAUUUUGAGCAGCAGACAUUUGAAUCCUGGAAAUCUCUUUGCUGAUUUUAGGUGCUUCAUCUCUAGUUCUAUUAGAGCAGAGAUGAUUUGUCCAGGCUUCUAUAAAUAAGAUUCAAAUAAGUUGUUCAUUAAUUAGGCAUUUAACCCAUCUGUCACAAUGUCAUAUGUUUGUUGUAAGGAGAAAUUUUGUCUAUUCUGACUUUCCUAUCAGCUUUACCUGUAAAAGUAACCUCAGUUCCUGUCUUUUGUUGCCAAACAUAGUCAUAUAUUUUGUGUACAAAAUGUAUCAUGUACAUCUAUAAAGUGCAAGUGGCAAUUACAGCCGUUGUGAGUUUGUACAUUUAGUUUGUGUCAGUCUGGAUAUUUCAUUCGAGUUUGUACAUUUAAUUUGUGUCAGUUUGGAUUUUUCAUUUGAGGCUUUAUAAAAUAAAAGCUUAAUAAUC